CUUUUAGUAGGAGGAGUAGGAGGAGUUCUUUUCUGGAAAUACCCCGGCGUUAAUCUUGAGACAAAUUUAUAGUUCUAACUAAGAAAUUAGGCGGUUUAUGGGGAAUUGAGAAAGUAGUGGAUAAUGGGGAAGUUAUGGUAGAAAUUUUCAGUGAGGAAUGGGUGAUUGUGGUAAUAUUCACACUAGCUGAAAGGACUAAUAAAUAUAUCAGUAAGAAUAGUGAUGGCUUCAGUACUUUUGAGAAGGCUAAUCUUAGAAAACACUUUCGGAAACCAAUUUAAUUCUGGGAAAGCAGAGAUGAAAUGCAAAAGUGAACUUAAAAUGUAUAAUACAAGAUUCUACCUGAAGAAGAAAUUAAACACUAAACCGAUGGAAGAUGUAAAAACUGAGCAAUUUGUACCAAAAAUGAAAAAUCAGAAAUCUAAGAUUAGCAAAAACAUCUGAGACAAAUAUCCAUCCUAAUAGAAUUCAUGAAAAGAAAUUAUAAAAGUGAUAUCGAAAUAAAAUCCUUUCGAGGGUAAAGAAGUAAAUUUAACCUCUAGAGCCCUAAGUGAGACCGAAAUCUACCUUACUAGCUGUUGGAAAUAGUGUGCCCAUUAAUGAGUCUCCAAAGAAACACAAGAAGGCCGGCAUACAGCCAAUUUUCAAAAAGUCUAAGUUUAGAGUAACUCCCAAAAAGGAUACUCCUAAACUUACGACUACUCUAGCUAAAACUUCUUCUUCAAAAUUCGAGAAUUUCCAGAUUUUGAGAAUGAUGAAGCCUAAAAAGACAAUUUUCUCAAAAGUUGUACAAAGCCCAAGGAUCAUAACACCUUCAAAUCGGAGAAUGAGGCAAUCAAAUAGUCAAAAGGCUGUUCAAAUUCAUAAUCCAAACGGGCCACACACUUCAGGAAUACUUUUGACAUCAAAAUCAAUCCUUAUCUCA